CUAUAAGCCUGAGAGCUCACUUGAGAAUUUUGCCUGGCAGAGAAAAGACACUGUGGAUUGUAUUCUUAAUAUAGAGCCAUGGAGAGAGUUUUUUAGUACAUGCACAAGCUGAGUCUUACCCAAGGUCUAACAGGAGGGAUCUUUGUUUCUUUGCAUUUGCUUUAACAGAGACCGGGUAAGCCGUCUUAAAGGACAAAUCUGUACGAGCUGUUCUCUAAUGUGCAGUAACGAUGAGCCCUGCAUUCGGAGCUAUGGAAGUGGAGCACUACGCAAAGGGAGUUCUGCUCGAGCCUUUUUUACACCAGGUUGGAGGACACUCUUGUGUCCUGCGCUUCAAUGACAAGACCAUCUGUAAGCCUCUUAUUCAAAGGGAGCACCUGUUCUAUGAAACACUCCCUGCUGAGAUCAGAAAAUUUACACCACAGUAUAAAGGUGUGGUAUCUGUAAGCUUUGAAGAAGAUGAAGAUGGGAAUCUUUGCUUAAUUGCCUAUCCUUUAAGUCGGGACCAAGACAACCUAGAAAAUGUCGACUUCAUGUCAGACUGUUCAGAGGCCAAAAGUAAACUGUUCAGGUGGUCUAAUAAGAAGGGUCUUCUUUUGGAGAACGAUAACCUCACCAAGGAAAGGGUCCGACAACAUAGGAAAGAAGAGAAAAUUAAAAGCCACAAACUAGAAGAAGAAUUUGAAUGGUUAAAGAAAUCCGAAGUUUUGUACUACAGCGUGGAAAAGAAAGGGAACGUCAGUUCACAAUUUAAGCACAACCCAUGGAGUAUGAAAUGUCACCAGCAACAGCUCCAGCGUAUGAAGGAAAAUGCCAAACACAGGAACCAAUACAAAUUUAUUUUAUUGGAAAAUCUGACCUGUCGGUACCAGGUACCAUGUGUCCUGGAUCUAAAGAUGGGAACACGGCAACAUGGUGAUGAUGCAACGGAGGAAAAGAAAGCCAAUCAAAUCCAGAAAUGUCAGCAAAGCACAUCUGCGAUUAUUGGGGUCCGGGUGUGCGGAAUGCAGGUCUACCAAACGGGCACUGGUCAACUCAUGUUCAUGAACAAAUACCAUGGCAGGAAACUCUCAGUCCAGGGCUUUAAAGAAGCACUUUACCAGUUCUUUCACAAUGGGAAAAACCUGCGUCGAGAACUGAUUGACCCUGUAAUCAAAAAACUCACAGAACUUAAAAUAGUUUUAGAAAAACAGGAGUCAUAUCGCUUUUAUUCCAGCUCACUGCUUAUUAUUUACGAUGGGAAAGAAUUACCAGAGGUUCCCAUGGACUCUGACUCGGAAGACUUAGGGGAUCUGUCCGAGGAGUCUUCGGACGAAUCGGCCGGAGCUUAUGCCUACAAACCUUCCAGCAACAAACCCGCAGCCAGCACUGUAGACGUCCGCAUGAUAGACUUUGCACAUACGACCUGCAAGUUUUACAGGGAAGAUAGCGUGGUACAUGAAGGCCAGGACACGGGAUACAUUUUUGGACUCCAGAAUUUAAUAGCUAUUAUUAAAGAAAUAAGAGAUGACAUCAGCGAAUAAAGGAAAUCUAAAACCACAUCUGUAUGAAGCACUAGAAUAACUAUGUCUAUUCCAAAAUGACCACUUUGUGGUGGUUUAAAUCAUUACAGAAUACGAUGGGCCUCGCCUGUCAGAAGACUUGUUCUAAAAACAAAAAAACGAGAGGGCAUUUACGAAGCUGUGCUGGACAGAGCACUGAAUAAUAUUGUUAUACUUAUUUAUUUUAAAUAUUUCUAAAACAUUCCAUGUUUGAUUCAGAUACCUCUGUUACACCAGUGUGUAUGUUUGUGUUUCCCUCCCUCUUUUUUUCUUUAAUUUAGUUUUGGUUUUUGUUUGGCAUGUUGUGCGCCAAACAACCAUGGAAAUAAUGUGGACUGUAUUCCACGCGCUGGUGCUUGGAAAAGCUUGGCCCUCUGUUACAUACAAUUAUUGCCUGAACUACGGUAAUACCAUAAUAUCCAUGACUAAAUACCGGAUAGGAAAAAAGCAAAUGAUACUGAAAACUAAACAAAGUGAUGCUGUAUUGGAUGCCAUUGCCUGGUGUAUCGUUUCAAUGUAACAUUUCUAUUUAUUGGGCUCCAGCCUUGAUUUCAAUAACAGUGGAAUAUUAUAAUGGAUGAUGUAACGUCAUGAACAUAUGUGCCUUUUAUCACACACAGAAGACUAUAAAAUGCCACCUGCUAUCAGCAAAGGGUCUGUUACAGUGUGUAUUGAAUUAGGGGCCGUUCAUCGAAUGAGAAGCCUUGAGUUUACCACAAAAUGCGUUCCAUGUCAUUUGCACUUUUUAUUUGCUUCUCUAAAGCUAUCAUUAAACCAAAUACUUAUAUUUUGUGAUAUGUCUGUUAAGGGGAACAACAGAAAAUAUUAAAAAGAAAAAAAAAAAAAAAAGCAAUGAUCUGCUUUGUGUCAAUAGAACGGGUAACUGUUUUAAGCAUUGAUGCUUGGAAUGAAAUUCAAGUGGUGUUUUUGUUUUUUCAGUUUAAUGUCAAUAGAUCCUGUUUCUGCAGCAUUGUUUCUUAUAUGUACAGUUACAGUAAAGUUUGGUUUCAUUAGAGAUUGUUAACUCUGGUUGAUCUAUGGGCCUUGCAGAUGUACAAUGUUAGAGAUGAGCGAACUUCCAGUAAUUUGAUUCGUCACGAACUUCUCGGCUCGGCAGUUGCUGACUUUAGCCUGCAUAAAUUAGUUCAGCUUUCAGGUGCUCCGGUGGGCUGGAGACUCUCUCCUAGGAUUGUAUCCACCUUUUCCAGCCCAACGGAGAACCUGAAAGCUGAACUAAUGAAUGCAGGCUAAAGUCAGCAACUGCCGAGCCGAGAAGUUUGUGACGAAUCGAAUUACUUAAGUUCGCUCAUCUCUAAUACAACUUUGUUCCAUCUUGUUCACGAAGUAUGUCUAGCGUCCAUACAAGGGGUAUAGAUAGCAAUAAUGUAUGUCUAACCACCAGAUAUCCCAGCUUCCAUUGGGUUUGUAACCAGCUUUCUAGUAAUGAAUAUCUAUAUGGCUCUCAAAUGCUGUUUGGUUACUGCCAUGUUCAAAACCCAACUGUUUAUAGACAAAGAAAAUGAUUUAAAAGAACCUUGCACUAGGAUCUCGGAUGUUUUCUAGGGUUCAAGUGAACGUUUCCCAAUCUGUGACUCUCCAGUUGUAGCAUAACUACAAUUUCCAGCACCCAUAGACAGCCUUUGGCUAAAAGUAGUAGUUUUGGCCGCAAUUGGAGAGCUACAGUUUGAGGAAUGCUUACCCUAAGGCAGUGUUUCCCAACCAGGGUGUCUCCAGCUGUUACAAAACUACAAUUCCCAGCAUGCCUGGACAGCCGUUGGCUGUCCAGGCAUGCUGGGAGUUGUAGUUUUGCAACAGCUGGAGGCACCCUGGUUGGGAAACACAGCUGUAAGGCAAGGGAAUCCAUGACCAUGCAGUCACAGGCUUCCUUCCUGCCGGGUAAACUGCCUUUAAACAGAAUGCACAUUUACAAUUGUGAUCAAAACUAGGGCACGAUGUUACCUCAUUGAUGCCCACAAUCCCGAACCUUUUCAUGGUGGCGCUUUUGUCACGGAGGAUUUUACCCAUAAAAAUUGCCUUCUCCUCUGCUGUGUCUAUGAGAACAAUGCUGCUGUACAGUUAUUACAACCCAUCACCAUGUCAAGCAAUGAGUAAUGGAUGCAUUUCUUUUUUUUUUAAUUUAUCUUUUGUUCCUAAAAUAGUAAAUAAAAUAUAUUCUAUGACUUAUAACUCUC